AUGCAGCAGUUUAAUCAAAUCAAAAAUUGGAGGCGUUCCUCGCAGCAGUUCAAAUCCCAGGAUCCCGUGUUGACCGCCGAGGAUGAGAGGUUUCUACAGAAUAUUGUGACCGAGAGGAGUCAUAAAAGUUCUUCGUCUGUUUCGCCUGCUGAGGAGGAUGGGGGAGUACACUCACCCGUCAGUCCUCUCGGAAUCGAUGUACCUAAUCUCCAAUCCCCUGUGUCACCCGAGGAAGAAUUUGGGAGAGAACUUGGCGAAGAGGGACGGAAGACCAGAGAAUUAUCCCGUAGGAAAUCUAGUAUUUCCUCACUAUCGCCGUCAUCUAAGGUGGGAGUUUCACCGCCGACGAAGAAGCCAUGGAACUGGUUACGACGGAUGGGUACCGUUAGUCAAAAGAAUAAAGGAGAGGCCGCAACGUCGGGUACCCCGAGCGAUACGCAAGGUCAACUUGCCGCCACUGGUAACGAUGAAGUGAAGCAAGAAGCGGAAGACAUGACGGAGGUCCUGGAGCGACUGGAUCUCGCGGCAGACAAUAAUCGGGUAUUUUCUAUCAGCGACGAAACCCAGGAGCUCUUACGCAAGUUCAAGUUAAUCUUCAAGGACCUCGUUGAUGGCGUCCCGACUGCCUACCACGAUCUUGAGAUGCUUCUUACGAACGGCAACAGACAACUGCAAAGCACAUAUACCAAGCUUCCAAGUUUUCUACAGAAACUCAUCGAGAAACUUCCAGAGCGGUGGACCGAAACCCUGGCCCCUGAGAUGAUUGCAGCGGCUAGCGAGAGAGCAGGGACAAGUGGUAUUAACAUGGACAAUGUGGAAAAAGUGGCGGCAGCAGCCGGUAAGAUGGGGAUCAAGGUGCCAAGCUUGAAAGAGCUGGUCGGAAAGCCGGCUGCUCUUGUGGGAAUGCUCCGGUCCAUUGUGGCCUUUUUAAGAGCUCGAUUCCCGGCGGUGUUGGGCAUGAAUAUUCUCUGGUCAUUAGCAUUAUUCAUCCUGCUGUUCGUCUUGUGGUAUUGUCAUAAACGUGGGCGGGAGGUCCGCCUGGAGAACGAACGUCUCGUCUCCGAGGAAGAGAUUGAAAAAUUAAACGAGCAAUCUUCUUCGGACGAAGGAAUCCGGACAACGGAGACCCUCACCACCACCGCGCCUCAGGGAGCUUCGGUAGCAGAAGUUCGCGAGGGGAUAAAAGAAGCACAACAAUCCAGAGAGUCGAACACUAGUGCGCCCGUAGAUGGACAAACGAGAAGAGAGGAAGAGACGAUGUCGUAUAGAUCUCCAUCCAAGCCAAGCCGGUCAAAGUCGAUACUAGCCAUUUGGGGGCGAUCAGGUCAGAGAGCAGCCACAGCAUCAGUACCCAAAAUUGAGCCAUACCCAGGAACAUAA